AUGGCUGCCUACAUCAAUGUAGCAUUUGUUAUUCCGGUAACCAGUUUUUUCGUGGCGCAACCUUACAAGGAAUCAAGCGACAUCACAGCAUGCCUACCCGCCAACGACUUCCUUAUGUCAGAAGCCUAUAAAGCAUCCUAUGUGUUAGGAAGUGGAAAUUUCAAUUUCUAUGUUACAAAAAUAUUCUGUAGUUGGGAUUAUAACAUCACAGCCAAGAAAUCAGCUGCUCUGAAACAAAAAAGUAUUUAUCUUGAAUUAGCUGAACGAUUAUCAAGCCAACAUGACAAGAAAGUGUACACAAAAUGUGAGAUAUUUGGAAUCUGGAUGGGUAGAUUGGGUACCAAUCUACUUGUACUGGCAUUAAUUGCUGGAGCUGGUGCAGCUGUUGUCGUGGGAUACGAAGAAAAGAUAGGGGAGCAAGAACAAUUUGGUGACUUGACUGUGUUAAUUAUGCCUUUAAUUAUCUGUGGAUUGAAUUUUGUGCUGCCACCAAUAUUUAGUUUUAUAAGUAAUUAUGAAAACUAUCGCAGUCCAAGAGUAAAACUUUAUAUAACUAUGGCAAGAACUAUUUUAUUGAACGCUGUGUUGUUUAUUGUUCUUAUACAUUUUUGGUUGGAAAGAUCAGGCUGUAAAACAGUGGAUAUGUACACACCAAGUUCUGGUGCAGCCAAUGAAACCAGCAUCACUAACAUCUCAACAACACCUAGUAUGUAUGUGAACACAACUAAAAACCCAGUUGUAUGUAUUGAAAAUUGUUGGGAGACUGAAUUUGGACAAGAAUUAUAUCGUCUUGUCAUCAUUGAUUUCAUUUUUCUAUUGAUCUCAACAUUCUUCGUGGAGUUCAUGAUGAGGAUUUUCAGUGAUUACUGUUGUAAAACACGGAGCAGACCAGAGUUUGAUAUUGCAAGAAACACCAUGGAAUUGAUCCAGUCACAAACAUUAACCUGGCUUGGUCUGUUUUAUUCGCCUUUACUUGUUUUCAUUUGCAUAAUAAAACUUAUUGUAUUAUUCUAUGUGAAACGGUACAGUGUUAUUGGUAACUGUACCCCAUCAUUAAAACCAUGGCGAGCUGGCAGAACAACUACAGUAUUUUUGGGUAUGUUGUUAUGUAUGUUCUUCUUAGCAGCUGGUACUGUUUGUUACAGUAUGGUCAGGUAA